UGCAACUCAGCCCAUUCACACCCCAUUAAUAAUCACUUUCUCAAAGUCCCUUUCCUCUCUCUCUCUCUCUCUACACACACACAGUCACUUUCUCUCUCUAGCCCCCCCACACAACAUCCUAUCCUUGAAACUGAUGGCAAUGGAUGCCUGAGUUAAUAACCAGUCCCCCCCUUGCAUCUUCCUCUUUAGAGAGAGAGAGAGAGAGAGAGAGAGAAACCCUUCAAACAAAUUAAAAAAAAAAAUACAAUAAGAAGUAUGGAGAGUUGGUUCUAAAGUCCAUAAAUAACCCCCCACAACCAAAAAGCAAACCCCUUCCUCCUAUUGCAUCUCUCCAUCUCUCAAAGGAAAAUAGAGAAGGGGCAUCCUCCAUCUUAACAAACUACAAUCCAAAAUUCAUUCCUCAGAUCGAUCCUUCUCUCAAACCGAUCUUUCUUCUUUUCCCAUGUUUCUUCAGGCAACCACGGAGCCGUCAACGCUGGAGCCCAAGGAGAAGAUGGGCAGGGGGAAGAUAGAAAUCAAGCGGAUAGAGAACACGACUAAUCGGCAGGUCACCUUCUGCAAGCGCCGAAAUGGGCUUCUCAAGAAAGCCUAUGAGCUGUCGGUCCUCUGCGACGCCGAGGUGGCCCUCAUCGUCUUCUCAAGCCGAGGCCGCCUCUACGAGUAUGCAAACAACAGUGUGAAAGCGACCAUUGAACGGUACAAGAAAGCUUGCACUGAUACAACCAACACUGGAACUGUCUCUGAAGCUAAUUCUCAGUACUACCAACAGGAAGCCUCCAAAUUGCGCCAGCAAAUAACCAACUUACAGAAUUCAAACAGGAAUUUGAUGGGUGAGUCGCUUAGUACAAUGAGUCUAAGGGACCUGAAGCAGCUGGAGGGCAGGCUGGAGAAAGGCAUCAGCAAAAUAAGAAGCAAGAAGAAUGAGUUGUUGUAUGCUGAGAUUGAAUACAUGCAAAAAAGGGAGAUGGAGUUGCAAAAUGAUAAUAUGUGCUUAAGGAACAAGAUAGCUGAAAAUGAGAGAGCCCAGCAGCAAAUGAACAUGUUACCUGCAACAACCUCGAAUGAAUAUGAAGGCAUGCCCCAAUUCGAUUCACGAAACUUUCUCCAAGUGAACUUGCUUGAUCCCAAUCACCACUACUCUCAUCAGCAGCAGACUGCUCUCCAACUAGGUUGAGGUGAUGAGAGGACACGAAGAAUGACUGAGGUGCUGCUUUUACCCUGGCCUGGACAUGUAGAGUUUUAGUACAUGACGACAGAUUCUACUUCGUCUUCUUCGAGUUAAUCAAGCUGCUAAUUUUAUUCUCUAGCUAUAUUAAGUUGUAAUGGGGAACCGUUUAAGUGUUAUUUGAAAACUUGUUACUUAGCAGUAGCUGAUUCUGGUGUGAUGUAUGUCAGUGUGACUGAAGGACUUGCUACUAUAUAUAUAUGUUAUCGAUGUACGAUAUUCGUGUGGCAUGCUUGUAUCCUGUUUUAAUUUGAUGAACAUGAGUGUAAAUUGCAGUUUUUUUAA